GUCUGCUGUUAUCAAUUGGUUUUGCAGGUGUUUACCAGGUGCUACUUGUCAGUUGUCACAGAAGUUAUCAUAAUGUUCGGCUGUUGUUGGUGUUGUGCUGCGUUACGUCCGAGAUACAAGAGGCUCGUUGAUAAUAUUUUUCCGGUUAAUCCUCAGGAUGGUUUGAUUAAGAACAAUAUGGAGAAACUAACAUUUUAUUCGUUGAGCAGUCCUGAGAAAUUAGAUAGGAUUGGAGAAUACCUGUUUCAACGAGCUUCCAGGGAUAUUUACAGGAGACGAAAUGGCUUUGUUGUGAUCGCCAUGGAGGCAAUGGACCAACUCCUGGUAGCUUGUCAUGCACAAACUCUGAAUCUAUUUGUUGAGAGCUUCUUGAAAAUGGUACAAAAACUGCUGGAAUCUACGGAUCCUCAAUUACAAAUUCUUGCAACGCAGUCUUUUGUCAGAUUUGCCAAUAUUGAGGAAGACACACCCUCGUAUCAUACUCGUUACGAUUUCUUUGUGUCGAAAUAUUCGGCAAUGUGCCAUUCUAACAAUGAUGAUCCCACUACACGCAAGCAAAUUAGGCUUGCUGGAAUUCAAGGGUUACAGGGCGUUGUAAGAAAAACUCUUUCUGAUGAUUUGGUUGAGAAUAUCUGGGAACCUGUACACAUGGACAAGAUUGUACCAUCAUUAUUGUACAACAUGCAAAAUUCAAGAUAUGCUGAUAAGGAAGACACAACACCGGACAGCCCAACUGAAGAACGAUCGGAUCCACCGCAGUUUGCGGAAACUUGCAUGCGAGAACUGAUCGGACGCGCAUCAUUUGGUCAUAUUAGAUGUGUUAUAAGACCUGUGUUGAGGCAUCUGGACAAUCAUCACUUAUGGGUCCCUAACUACUUCGCAAUUCAUACUUUCAGAAUAAUUAUGUUUUCCAUUCAAUCACAAUAUUCCUACACUGUAGUGGAAGCUUUAAUGACUCAUCUUGAUGAUCACUCAAAAUCGUCUCCCAAGAUUCGCACCAGCAUUGCGGAUACUUUGUCUAAAAUUAUAUCAAUUGCUGCAGGUGAAAGUGUUGGACCAUCUGUGUUAGAAAUUAUAAAUUCCUUAUUAUCUCACCUACGAGUUAGUGUAACGAGGAAUCAAUCAUCAAGUAGUGAUGAACAAUUGUAUCAAGAAGCUCUUAUUAACGCUCUUGGAGAGUUCGCAAAUCAUCUUCCAGAUUACCAGAAAAUUGAGAUUAUGAUGUUCAUUAUGAGUAAAGUUCCAUACAGUCAGCCUGAUCGUAUCGUAUCGGUCGGCAAAGGAGAUGUAUUACUUCAAAGCAUACUUUUAAAGUCCCUAUUAAAGGUUGGCACCAAGUACCAAACUAUUCACUUGAACACAACGUUCCCACCCAGUUUCUUGGAUCCAUUACUAAGAAUGUCAUUGGCAGCAGAUGCUGAAAUGAGACUUCUUGUACAGAAAAUAUUCCAUACCUUAAUCGACAGACGACGGAAUAUUACAAAACUCGCUAAACCAACUGUGAACGUAGCAGAGCUCGAUCUUGCUAUUGAAAAAGCCUCUAGACCUGAUGUAAUCUUUAUUCGGAAGCACGGUCCUGAAAUCUACUUGGCGCUGUAUGAAUCAUUAGAGCUGUCUAGUAAUACAGUAGAAAAUGUGGAAUCUAUUUAUACCACACUGGCGUUACUUGCCAUUGAAUUAGCUUCUGAGGAAACAGUAUUAGAGUUACUGAGAUUGGUGUUGAGCCUGCAAGACUUGGCACUGACAAGUGGUCAAAUUAGUCUUUCGCUUAAAUUCAAUUUACACGCAAUAGUUAUCAGCUUACUAAUCUUAAUAUCAUAUGUCUGUAAUAUUACCGCUCUCAUGGAUUAUGCGAAAAAGGUGGUAGAUGCACGUCGAAACGAUAGCCCCCAUUUACUACCAGAUUUACAAUCUCAAUAUGAUACUGGUCUAACAUCCAGAUUAGCGCCAGCUCUUUUAGUCGACCAAACUGUUGUUAGUGAAUGUCUAAAAGGAGCUGGUCUUGAUAGUGGAAAAUUACAACAAGGUUCAGGCUACAGCGGCAAUUCUUUACAACACAGACAUUCAUGGGUUGAUGCUGGACGGAAUUCACUAGCUGACAUUAAUUCUGGAGGUCCAGAAUUGGAUAGUGGAGGUUCAUCACCGGGUGUGCAAAAGAAAUUACCUGGAGAAGAAUUAACGUUCGAAAGCAUGAAAAGAAUUUUGACAGAGAGCAACAAUAAUCAAGUAAUAGAAGAAGAGAAGCGAAUGCAACUUUCUCAGUUUUUUAGAAAUGCACCAUUCCAAGAUUUAGUAUCAAAAACACAACCAAAGCACGAUGUUUUACAGAGUAAGUUAUCAGAGAUAUUUAAUACGCUGUCUGUUGAUCCGCGCAACACGGUUCCUACGAUCGGACCACAGACAGAUACUAAACCAAGUCAAACUCCAGCUUACGAAAUUCAUUUCCCAGAGUUGUUUGUAUAUUAAACUGCUAAUGUUCCUGUUGCAUCAACAUUAGGUGCCAUUUGGUGCUACAAAUGCUUCAAAACAUUUGAUUGAUCAAUUGGAAGAAAGAAAUUUACUAAUUGAUCAAUCAAUGAAUGCUUCAAAGCAUUUCUAUAAAACAUCAAAUGGACUGUAGCUAUUAACAUAGUGUUGCAUUAUAUUAAAUCGUCUACAUGUUACUGAGCAUGAACAAUAGCUCCUAUACUUUAAAGAUUGACUUAUGUACAUAACAGAGAAAAUACUUUUAUGUUUUAUAUUGCUAGAUAUAUAUUUUUUAUUGAGUUGCUGUUACUAAUUUUAUUUAUUUUUAAUGAGUAGGUCUUAAAUACUAUAUAAGUUGCAAUAAAAAUGGUUAAUUGGUGUUUUUAUAAAAUUAUCAAUGGUUAUAGAAUGGUUUUAUGGAAGUAGAGAGACAGGAAUUUCUCAUACACAUGUUAUGAUUCUAUAGACUUGUCACAGAUUUCAUAAACUGAAUCAACUGUUUUCAUUAAUGUAGGUUGACUCAGAAUCACGGUCGCGUGAUGCUACAAAUGCUUUGAAACAUUCUUUGAUUGGUUAAUUAGUAUUUUUUUUUCUAAUUAGUUUAUCAAAUGUCUCAAAAUAUUUAUAGUGAUUUGUAGUGACUAAUAUGUCGAUAUUUUAAUAGAGAAACAAAAAAAAAGUUCACAUAAGCAUCGAUAUAAUGAAUCAUUCUAUAUACAUAAAUUAGGCUUCAGCAAAAACUAAUCUGGAUAUAUACUAUAUUCCAGCAGUAGAUUAAUUACGUAAAUGCACUGUUGUACUUAAUCAUGUUAAUGUAAAGUUAAAAAUUGUAUAUCUAUGUAUAUCUCUUUAUGUAUAUUCUAGAUCGAAAAACACAAUUUUCUCUCACGGCAGAGUGAUUGAAAAAAGUUGCAAUAUAUAUUUAUAAAUAUAGAGAAUAGUUCGAAAUAUUUUGUAAAUAUACGUAUAUUAAAACACAUGUUAACCUGGAAAAAGAUUUAUUAUAGUGCAAUGCUUAUCCUUCUUACAUUUCUCUCCAGUUAUUUAUUCAUAUAAUUAUGAAGAAAAAGAUGUUUAGUAUACGCUUGAGGAAGCAGAGUAAUUUUCUAUUGUACUUUAUCUUAUGAAAAUCUGUAGCAUUACAUUACCAAUUGUUCUUUCCUUUAUUGAAUCUUUGUACAAAAUACUCGAAGGAUCACCAAAUACAUAGUAAAUGGAAUGAACACAGGUUUUAUUUUGCAAAUAUCUGAAGGGUCCCUUUAUUCAACCGCUCAUCAUAGGAACACGGUUAGUCGAUUUU